AUGCCUCGUUCAAAGCGUGCGCGCGUCGUCCACGAGUCCAAGACCACCAAGAAAGACCACAAGGAGCAGACCCGCCGUCUGUUCUCCAACAUCCGGGAAUGCAUUGAGGAAUAUGACCAUCUUUUCGUCUUUGCAGUCGAUAACAUGCGUAACACCUACCUGAAGGAUGUGCGCACUGAGUUCGCCGACAGCCGUGUCUUCUUCGGAAAGACCAAGGUCAUGGCCAAGGCCCUUGGCCAGACCUCCGAGAGCGAGGCCGCUCCCAACGUGCACAAGCUCACUCCUCUCCUCACCGGCGCCGUCGGUCUGUUGUUCACCUCCCGCACACCCGAAUCUGUCGUCGAGUACUUUGAGACUUUCCGUCCCCAGGACUUCGCCCGUGCUGGAACCGAAGCGACCCGUUCUUUCAGCCUCCCCAAUGGCCUUGUCACCGCUCGUGGUGGUGAGGUCCCCGCCGACCAGGACGAGCCUAUCAGCCACACCAUCGAGCCCGCUCUCCGCAAGCUCGGUGUUCCCACCCGUCUGGUUAAGGGUAAGGUCAUGCUCGACUUGACCGAGGGACAGGACAGCUACCCCGUUUGCAAAAAGGGCGAGACUUUGGACUCCCGACAGACGACACUGAUGAAGAUGUUCGGUGUGCUUUCUUCCGAGUUCAAGGUUGAGCUUAAGGCCUACUGGACCCGCAGCACUGAGGAAAUUAAGAUUCUCGAGUCUGAGGGUGGAAUGGAGGUCGACGCAUAG